CGGAGGGCGGGAGCCCCGGACGUGGCGGGGCCGGGCCGGCAAGGGUGCGGGACCUGGGUGGUUCUGCUUGGCCGCUGGGCAGACUGACCUUCUGCGCCGCCGUCAAGCCCCGACGGGUUCCGCACCUUCCCAGGAGAAUGGCUUCGGAGAUGGAGUCGUCGCUGGAGGCAAGCUUUUCGUCCAGCGGUGCGGUGUCUGGGGCUUCAGUGUUUCUGCCUCCGGCUCGCUCCCGCAUCUUCAAGAUAAUCGUGAUCGGCGACUCCAAUGUGGGCAAGACAUGCCUGACCUACCGCUUCUGCGCCGGCCGCUUCCCCGACCGCACCGAGGCUACCAUCGGGGUGGAUUUCCGAGAACGGGCGGUGGAGAUUGAUGGGGAGCGCAUCAAGAUCCAGUUAUGGGACACAGCAGGACAAGAACGCUUCAGAAAGAGCAUGGUACAGCACUACUACAGAAAUGUACAUGCUGUUGUCUUUGUGUAUGAUAUGACCAACAUGGCUAGUUUUCAUAGCCUGCCAUCUUGGAUAGAAGAAUGCAAGCAACAUUUGCUAGCCAGUGAUAUACCACGGAUUCUUGUUGGAAAUAAAUGUGACUUGAGAAGUGCCAUUCAAGUGCCUACAGACUUGGCACAAAAAUUUGCUGACACACACAGUAUGCCUUUGUUUGAAACCUCUGCUAAGAACCCAAAUGAUAAUGACCAUGUGGAAGCUAUAUUUAUGACCUUGGCUCAUAAACUGAAAAGCCACAAAUCAUUAAUGCUCAGUCAACCCCCUGAUAAUGGAAUUACCCUGAAGCCUGAACCAAAGCCUGCAAUAACAUGCUUGUGCUAAAUAACAGUCUUUAUGAUAUCAGUAAAGAAAUACUUUUGAAAUAUGACAGUGAUAAGUUGUAAGAUUUAAUCUCAAGUAUAAUGGAUCAUCCUGACACUUUGCUAUUUUUCAUUGUCAUGCUCACAUUUGUAUCUUUUUUUAAGGUAUUAUUGAUAUAUACUCUUAUGAAGGUUUCACAUGAAAAAACAAUGUGGUUACUACAUUCACCCAUAUUAUUGAGUCCCCCCCCAUACCCCAUUGCAGUCACUGUCCAUCAGUGUAGUAAGAUGCCACAGAUCCACUAUUUGCCUUCUCUGUGCUACACUGUCUUUCCCGUGACCCCCCUACACCAUGUGUACUAAACAUAACACCCCUCAAUCCCCUUCUCCCUCCCUCCCCACCCACCCUCUCCUCACCCCUCCCCUUUGGUAACCACUAGACCUUUCUUGGAGUCUGUGAGUCUGCUGCUGUUAUGUUCCUUCAGUUUUGCUUUGUUGUUAUACUCCACAAAUCACAUUUGUAUCUUGUAUCUACUUAAGUUUGUCACUGUGACAACACAAGGAAUAAGUUGUUUUCAGGUGAGGUUGAAAAUGAAGCAGAAGUAGGAUCAAUCAGAGCAUCUUUCCAUUGAGAGCCCAGUGAAGGAGGCUUUAGAUGUGAGCGCAAUAGAAUUUGAAGAGUGGCUACUCAGUCCUGUUUUCCUGGGAUUGAAAAAAAUUGUAAGGUAUAUUUAGUGGUAUGUCCUUUAAUGGGAAGUGUUUGCAAUAGGAUAAAAACUGGAAUUUGCCUCUCACUAGAGUUCUUUAUUUGUACUUUUAAUGUGUUUAAUUGCAUUAUUAUUGGUAUAUUUUGGAGCCAAGACUUUAGCUCCAGUGAGAAGAGAAGGCAUAGAGUUCUGGUUCACAGUCCAUAUAAAGAACAAAUUUUUCAAUGAUUCUAGAUGCUUGAUAUUUCUAAUCAACAUCAGUCAGUUUUACAAAAGUCAUUGUUAUUUUAAAAGAGUAAUUUGGGUUUUCUUCUUAAGUUCUAUUAAAAUAUGCAAAAAUAAGUCAGAUCUUAAUGCAAAUGCAAUGAUAUAUCUUAAUGCAAAUACAAUGAUAUCUUAAUACAAAUGCAAUGAUAUAUCAUGCAAUGAUAUGAUAUGAAGGUGCUUUACAUUUUAUUUUGAUAUUUUUAAACAGUGAAAAACUAACUGAAAGCAUUUGAGGAGUCAUAAUUUGGGGGAAAAUAGGUAAACAUGGUUGCUGGCUACCACAGGAGACUUAUUCUUAGCUUUUAGCUUUGUAUCUGGAAUAGUUUAUUGCUUGCUGUCCCCCGUACCCAGUCUAUUUAAUGAUUAAAGACUGAAUUAACAAAUCAACUUCAUUUGGAUCAUAGCUCCAUGGACAUCCUUUAAUUGCUAUGAAUCUGCAUAUGUUUCUUUAAUAAUAUUGUGUUACAGUACAUCAGUUUAAAAAAUCUUUGCACAUUUUAUGGUCACAACAAGCGAUUCCUCCUCAGGAUGAAAAAUAGAUAUUGAGAAGUAUCCUGUCUAUGCCUCAGUUGUGGAAAGAAUAUUUCAAAAGUUUUUUAACCCUAAAUAAUUUUAUUUUGAAUUUAAAACUUUGCACAUAGGAAAUAGUAAGCUUGCAUAUGAAACUAUUACAUGAAUGGAAUGUAAGCCAUGAACUUUAACUGAAGUGUGCACAUUCACUAAUUCUGAUAGAUUGCUGCCCUUGAUAGUAGUAGAAGAAAUUAAAGCCAAAAGAUGAUUCUACUUAUAACAUUUUCAGAAUGUGGGAAACCAAUAAAUAUGGAUUCUAAUCUAGUUUAGGAAUUUUGCUUAAUCAUCAUGGUGGUUCUAACUGGAUAAUUUAAUUAUAAAAACAAGAUAAUACUAUUAAAUGAACUAACUGAAAGUAAUAUAGGAAAUAAUUCAGUUUAAAAUAUAUUAGAGUUAAGGAAAAACAAAUUGACUUUAUGUCUAUGAAGGUUUAUCCAUUUUUCUUAUGCUAUAAUUAAAAAUGAUUUUACUAUCUAAAUUAAUGUUGAUUUGUAACUUUUUAUAGUAAAACAAUGAUAACUAUGAAUUGUGAUGGAGUAACAGCUUUUUGAAGAUGGGAAUCUUUUUAUUGCUUUUCAAAACAUUUUCUAAAGUGUGGGAAGAAAGCUUACAGACUUUCCAAGCACAUUUAUGUUUUUUCAGUGCUAUUAAUGACUUAAAAAAAAAAGUAAUUUAACUUUGUUUCUUUUUGUAAGAAGUUAGUGUCCUUUACAGUUCUGUGAAAGGACUUAUUUUUUCACUUUAAUAUUUAUUAAUUUAAAAAUGUUUGUUAUCUCAUUUGUAAUGAUUUAGUGUUUUAAUUUUUUCUAUGUUUUUAUUUUAAAAAGAACAUAUACUUUAAUGGGAAUAAAGCUUUUAGAUAUUUCCCAGAAUAUUUAUAAAACAAUUCAUUGACUGUUGAGAAAUCCCUUCCAAAAUGGUGACUUAUCAAACAACCAAUUAUUAAUUUUUAAAGCACAAAUUGCAUAUUUUGUAACUCUUGUGUGAAUUUCUUUUAACUGUGACCCUUAGUUGGAAACAUCAGAUAUGUUUUGGAAAAGUCUUAAUUUGAGAACACCAAAGGAAGCUAAUCCAAAAUCUAGUUAGCUAUUAAUAGACAAUGCUUUACUGACAUAUGGGUAAUACAUUUCAUCUUGAAAUCUAAACUGAAGUAAAGUAAUUUUGUUGUGGAAUAGUGUCACUGUAACCUUUUCCUUAUGAAGUUCAAUAAACCAGCUUUGCCAUAAAG